ACAGUGUCCUUUGCGCAGGCGCGGAAAAGUAGCCUGACUGGGCCGGCUGGUGGCGACGCGAAGCUCUCUGUUGGGUCCAAGAUGGCAGAGGUAGAGGAGACGCUGAAACGACUUCAGAGCCAGAAGGGAGUGCAGGGCAUCAUCGUGGUGAACACAGAAGGCAUUCCUAUCAAGAGCACCAUGGAUAAUUCCACUACCACACAGUAUGCCAACCUGAUGCACAACUUCAUCCUGAAGGCUCGGGGCACUGUGCGUGAAAUUGACCCCCAGAAUGACCUCACCUUCCUUCGAAUUCGCUCCAAGAAAAAUGAAAUUAUGGUUGCACCUGAUAAAGACUAUUUCCUGAUUGUGAUUCAGAAUCCAACUGAAUAAGCCAUUGCCUUGGCUGCUUGCAUCUUUCCUUAAUUUAAUGCCCCCAAGAAUGAUAGUGGUAAUCAUGUCCACCAGCUGGCACAUGGAGCGCCUUAGAGCCCACUCAGCCAGUCCAGUGACCAGGGGUGGCCUGCAGCCCCCCCCACCCCACCAGACUUCUCCCUCGCUGCCAGGUGCCCUGAGCUCCCGCGGGCCCCUUCCUCAUGUCUAAGUUUUGGAGCAAGAGCUUGUGAAAAACCUACGUCCUGCUUCCUUCUGACCUUCAGUUCACUUUGUCAACGUUGGGAAAAGCUGUCUUUAACUAAAAAUAACCAAAAUGUUUA